CCAUUUACCCAGGAGGAUUGCAAAACCCUUUCGUGUAUCGUUCUCUCGGGAUGGAAGAUACAUCACAGAUGAUUUAGAGGGGGGAGAAUAUCCAUACAGCGACUUUUUCAAGCGACACUGUCUGGUCCCUCUCCUCGUGCGACUUCUUCAUCCCCUUUCGAUAUCGCCCUGCAGCAAGGGGGUCCACUGCGAUGCAACAACACCCCAAACGCCGUCUCUUCCGGAAGAAAAAAAGAGAGUCUACGUAGCGCCACCCCCUGUGAAGACCACCUCGAAAGCUCAGACUGGUCAGUCGCCCUCAACAGUAGCUCAACCUGCGUCGCAGCCACAUUCGACCCCUCAGCGUCAGCCUGAGGCACAGACGGCGACACAACAGCCUACUCAAGAAGAAGACUAUGGUUGUUGAGGCAAUUUUUGCCUCGCACUUUGGUGUAUCCCACGCUGAACUCGUCC